AUGUCCUUCCAUGAUCAAGCAGAUAAAAAGCCAGUUCCCCCCGCUGGUGGGAAGCAACACACAGCGGAAUCACGUGGCAAGAACAUGUCAACUCCUAGGAAACCGUGGAGCGCAGCGAAACUCUACGGGUCGCUUAGAGGACUAGCAGGACAGCACAGAGGCGAUCACCCUGUCCAUGAUGGUCACUAUCAAAUGAUCCCAAGUCACUCCAACCACUUGUUUCAUCUGGCUUCCGCAGCAGAACUGUUAGAUCCUUCAGACAGCCCUCCUCUCUGCGUCCCGGGGCCUGCCUGCGCCUCCUCCGUGGAGCGUCUCGCUGUGCUCUUCGAGCGGCUGAGCUUCCUGACGCGAGUCGCAGUGAGGUCGGCCGCCAGACUUCUUCGGAAGUGGAACGCCGUCGGGGAACUCAGCCCCGUCAGCGGUCGCCACGGGACCUUAUGGGAGCCCGGCGUUACAAAGCCAUAUGUCUCCAGAGUUGUUUCCUACCCCAAGUUUAAGACGUGCGGUAUAGUGCUCAGGCUUCCUAGUGUGUUAAUUGUAACCUACAAGGAACCUGCAAAAUCAUCUACUCAAUUUGGAUCCUACAAGCAAGCUGAAUGGAGGCCAGAUAGCACUAUGAUAGCUGUGUCAACGGCAAAUGGCUACAUCUUAUUUUUUCAUAUUACAUCUGCAAGAGGGGACAAGUACCUUUAUGAACCAGUGUAUCCCAAAGGAAGUCCACAAAUGAAGGGGACACCUCAUUUUAAGGAAGAACAGUGUGCUCCAGCAUUAAAUUUAGAGAUGAAGAAAAUACUGGAUUUACAAGCACCCAUCAUGAGUUUGCAGUCGGUGCUGGACGAUCUCCUGGUUGCUACUUCUGAUGGACUUCUUCAUCUUAUCCACUGGGACGGAACGACAAAUGGAAGGAAAGCCAUCGACCUUUGUACAGUGCCGUUUUCAGUAGACCUGCAGUCUUCCAGAGUAGGUUCAUUCCUGGGCUUUACAAAUGUACACAUUAAAGACAUGGAAUACUGCGCCACACUUGAUGGGUUUGCUGUUGUGUUUAAUGACGGUAAAGUUGGAUUUAUUACACCGGUGUCAAGUAGAUUUACUGCAGAGCAGCUUCAUGGAGUUUGGCCACAAGAUGUUGUUGACGGAACAUGUGUAGCAGUAAAUAACAAGUAUCGACUAAUGGCGUUUGGUUGUGCCAGUGGCUCUGUACAGGUGUAUACAAUAGAUAAUACCACUGGAGCCAUGCUGCUGUCUCAUAAAUUAGAACUAACAGCAAAGCAGUACCCUGACAUUUGGAACAAAACAGGCGCUGUUAAGUUGAUCAGAUGGUCUCCUGACAACAGUGUUGUUAUAGUGACAUGGGAAUAUGGAGGCCUUUCUUUAUGGAGUGUGUUUGGAGCACAACUGAUUUGUACACUUGGAGGAGACUUUGCUUAUAGAUCUGAUGGCACCAAAAAAGAUCCCCUUAAGAUCAACUCUAUGAGCUGGGGUGCAGAAGGCUAUCACCUGUGGGUAAUCAGUGGAUUUGGUUCUCAAAACACCGAAAUUGAUUCUGACCUCAGGAGCAUUGUUAAACAACCCAGCAUUCUGCUCUUCCAGUUUAUCAAGAGCGUACUCACUGUAAACCCUUGUAUGAGUAACCAAGAGCAGGUGUUGCUUCAGGGGGAGGACCGUUUGUACUUGAACUGUGGAGAAACUUCACAAACCCAGAACCCCAGGAGUUCUUCAGCACACUCUGAGCAUAAACCCAGUCGAGCAAAAAGCCCAUUUGCAGACGGAGGUUUAGAGUCUCAGGGGUUAAGCACUUUACUUGGACAUCGGCAUUGGCAUGUUGUACAGAUUUCCAGUACGUAUCUAGAGAGCAAUUGGCCUAUACGGUUUUCAGCUAUUGAUAAGCUGGGACAGAAUAUUGCUGUGGUUGGCAAGUUUGGUUUUGCACAUUACUCUUUACUCACCAAAAAAUGGAAACUUUUUGGAAACAUUACCCAGGAGCAAAAUAUGAUUGUGACAGGUGGCUUAGCCUGGUGGAAUGAUUUUAUGGUCCUUGCAUGUUACAACAUAAAUGACCAUCAAGAAGAGCUCAGAGUAUACUUGCGAACGUCAAAUCUAGACAAUGCCUUUGCUCACGUCACCAAAGCACAAGCAGAAACAUUAUUGCUUAGUGUCUUCCGGGACAUGGUAAUAGUAUUCAGAGCAGACUGUUCAAUAUGCCUUUACAGUAUUGAAAGAAAAUCGGAUGGUCCAAACACUACUGCUGGUAUUCAGGUUCUUCAGGAGGUCUCCAUGUCACGCUACAUUCCUCACCCAUUCCUGGUAGUGUCUGUCACUCUGACGUCAGUGAGUACAGAGAAUGGAAUCACCUUGAAAAUGCCACAACAGGCUCGCGACGCAGAAAGCAUCAUGUUAAACCUCGCAGGACAGCUCAUCAUGAUGCAGAGGGACAGGUCAGGCCCUCAAAUCCGGGAGAAGGACAGCAACCCAAACCAAAGGAAACUUGUGAGUAAAGUGCAAAUCAUUUCCAGCUUCAUGACGGUAUGGGAUGACGCGCUGGUGCUGGGCGCCGCCAACGACACGGUGCUCUACGAUGCGCUCUUGGCGCCGCGCGGCGCGCGCGAGCCGCUGGAGGCGCGCUUCCCCUUCUGCGUGGUGGAGCGGACCUCGCAGAUCUACCUGCACCACAUCCUGCGCCAGCUGCUGCUGCGGAACCUGGGCGAGCAGGCGCUGCUCCUGGCGCAGUCGUGCGCCGCGCUGCCCUACUUCCCGCACGUGCUGGAGCUCAUGCUGCACGAGGUGCUGGAGGAGGAGGCCACGUCGCGCGAGCCCAUCCCGGACCCGCUGCUGCCCACGGUGGCGAAGUUCGUCACCGAGUUCCCGCUCUUCCUGCAGACGGUGGUGCACUGCGCCCGCAAGACGGAGUACGCGCUGUGGAGCUACCUCUUCGCCGCCGUGGGCAACCCCAAGGACCUGUUCGAGGAGUGUCUGAUGGCGCAGGACCUGGACACGGCUGCCUCUUACCUUAUCAUCUUGCAGAACAUGGAGGUCCCAGCAGUCAGCAGGCAGCAUGCCACCCUUCUGUUCAGCACGGCGCUGGAGCAGGGCAAGUGGGACCUCUGCCGACACAUGAUCCGGUUCCUCAAAGCCAUUGGCUCUGGGGAAGCUGAGACGCCGCCACCCACACCCACAGCUCAGGAACCCAGUUCAAGUGGCGGAUUUGAGUUCUUCAGGAAUAGAAGCAUCAGUUUAUCCCAGUCGGCGGAGAAUGUGCCUCCUAAUAAAUUCAGCCUACAGAAAACACUGAGCAUGCCAUCUGGCCCUUCCGGAAAAAGAUGGAGCAAAGACGGUGACUGUGCUGAGAACAUGUAUAUUGACAUGAUGCUCUGGAGACACGCACGGCGCCUCUUAGAAGACGUGCGGUUGAAGGACCUUGGCUGCUUUGCAGCCCAGCUGGGUUUUGAACUGAUCAGUUGGCUGUGCAAGGAGCGGACCCGAGCCGCACGAGUAGACAACUUUGUAAUAGCCCUGAAGAGACUCCACAAAGAUUUCCUCUGGCCGCUUCCCGUCAUCCCAGCCUAUUCUGUCAGUUCUCCUUUCAAAAAUGGAAAAUACCGAGCAGUAGGAGAGCAGCUGUUGAGGUCUCGGUCAGCUGACCCUUUUUUAAGCCUUGAGAUGGAUGCAGGCAUGUCCAACGUCCAGCGAAGUCAGAGCUGGCUCAGCAGCGUCGGCCCCACCCAUCAGGAGAUAGACACAGCCUCAUCCCACGGACCCCAAAUGCAAGACGCCUUCCUGUCACCUUUGUCGAAUAAAGGAGAUGAAGGCAGCAUUGGUUCAGCCACAGACUUGACCGAAAGUAGCUCCGUGGCAGAUGGAGACUGGACGGUGGUGGGUGAAAACUUCUCCACACUCAGCCUCACUCAGUCAGAGCUGGAGCACAUCUCCAUGGAGUUGGCGAGUAAAGGGCCACAUAAAUCCCAGGUCCAGCUUCGGUAUUUGCUGCACGUUUUCAUGGAGGCAGGCUGCCUGGAUUGGUGCGUGGUCAUAGGCCUGAUUCUCAGAGAAGCCUCGGUCAUCAACCAGAUUCUGGUCGUCACGCAGUCUUCGGAGGUGGAUGGAGAGCUGCUGCGCAACAUCAAGACGGGGCUCCAGGCGGUGCAGCGCUGGGCCUCCACGGACUGGUGAGCGCGGCUUCCC